GCUCGAGCAUGAGCAGAAUUGGGUUUCAAUUCUGUAUUUAUUUUUGUUUGUUUAUAUUGAAUGAUGAUAAUCAUCUACAUUGCUUCAUUUGGAUCAAAACAUUCUUAUUGUCAAUCAUGUGAUUCAAGUGUAAUCACGGACGAUGGAUGCGGACGAUAACCGAUCAUUGCUAUUGCCAUUAUCAUCGUCAAAACAAUCGUUAAAAUCAUCCGUAUCAAAAACAUCAUCAUCAGCAUCGUCAUUGAUACCGAUUAAUACAUUAAUUGACCAAAUUCUCGUGUCAUUGCGACAAGAAUGGAUUUCAGAAUGUGAUCAAUUGUGCCAAUUAUUACAACGGCCACAUCUUCUUGCUCUUAUGCAAGUGGUCGAUUGUGUUGCCCGCCGAAUAUUCGAUGUCGAAAUAUUUGCCAACCCUGAAGCAAUCUUAGAUAACACAAAUAAAAGUAGUAAUUGGAAAAUUAUUGAAAAUCUAGAAAACUAUGACACUGCCAAAUUGGAAACAUUUCUUGAUGUUACCACUUCCAAAUCAAUGAAACUAAAAACACCCACUGCCACAACCACAUUAGUUUAUUCGACACCAAGAAAAAAACUUCAACCUUGUCAGAAAAUCAUCCAGGUCAUCAAAAGUGAUGAACCAUUGGGUGUUACUGUUCGAUUUGAUGAACAAACUGGUGACAUUAUUCUUGCAAGAAUAUUGGUUGGUGGUGCUGCCUAUCGAAGUGGUCUUGUACAGGUUGGUGAUCUUAUACUCGAAGUGAAUGGAAUUCCAUUACGUGGCCGUUCACAUUUGGAUGUGAUAAACAUAUUACAGCAUGAAUCAAUGAAAACGAUCAUAACGCUGAAAAUUGUUGCCAUGAAUAGGCUAUCAUUUCCUGAUCCAAAUCAGGCUUUAAAAUCACAUUUGGUAAAAGCUUGUUUCGAUUACAGACCUGAAAAAGAUCCAUUAAUUCCUUGUCCAUCCAUUGGUUUGGCAUUCGAUAAAGGUAGUAUUCUGAAUGUUUUGAAUAAAGAAGACACGAAUUGGUGGCAGGCAAGCAAGCAGAUUGAAUCAUCAAGUAAAUCACGAAUGGAAAUAUUUCAAAUAGCUGGCUUAAUUCCUUCGAAAAGAUUACAAGAACGACGAAUCGUUGCCAUUCGUGACAUUAAAAGUCAACUUGAUCGUGAACGUUACAUACACAUUCUUGGUGGAUUAUUGCCACUUCCAUUCCGGAAGAAUAAAUGGUGUGCACAAAAAAUUAAAAAAAUGAUGUAUGAUAUAAGCGAUUGUAUCCGCUAUGAUCGUGAAGAAAUCUGUACAUAUGAACCAGUUGCCCAAUAUUAUCCACGUUCCGGUUAUUGUCGUCCUAUAGUUUUGGUUGGUCCUUCAGGUGUUGGUUGUUCACUAUUAAUUAGUUUAUUAUGUCAACAAAAUCAUAAUCGAUAUCGUGAACCAUUAGCACAUACAUCACGUUAUAAACGAUUUCAAGAAAAUGAUUCUAUUGAUUAUUAUUUUGUCAGUGAAGAUUGGAUGGAACAUGAAAUACAGGCCGGUAAUUUUGUUUGUUAUUCAAAAUAUCGUGGCAAUUAUUAUGGCAUACAUCGAGAUACUAUCAAACAGAUUGUCGAUGCCGGUGCUGUUUGUGUAUUCAAAAUGGAUGCUCAAUUUUUACGUCUAAUUCAUACGGCCGAAUUUAAACCAUACAUUAUAUUCAUACAACCACCAUAUGAUCUUGAUCGAUUGAUUGAAACACGAAUUCGUAAUCAUUAUUGUCAUUCCGAUUCUGUUAGCAGUCAAUAUAAUCAACGAAAAUCAAGGCAACGACUUGCAUAUGAAAUGCAUCUGAUGAUUUAUGAAUCACAUAAAUUACAAAUAUUGUACGGGCAUAAAUUCGACACCGUUUUAAUCAAUGAUGACCUAAAAGAAACAUUCGAUCGACUACUUGAAACAGUACGAAUGGUUGAAAUGAAACCUACUUGGAUACCGAUUACAUGGAUUCAACAAAAUAAAUCGCUAUGUAGAAUUUAAACGCAUACGCAGAAAAAACACACACACACAUUAUAAUUAAAUGUAUAAAAUUGAUUUAUUUAUUAAU